UGGAGAGCCCGACGAGAUCGGCUCUUCAAUGGAUUCAUUAGGAACGCAUUGGGUUCUUGCCUGGAUUAUGCCCCCCAGAGCCCCAAAUCGGUAGGGGAAGGGCGGCUUGAUGUCGAGGAAUUACCGUUUGAAUUGGAUGAGAAUUUGGUAGAGAUAGAGCGCUUUUGCGAUCCAUACACAAAGAAAAUGCUUGUUGAGGCUCAAUCGCGGCAUAAGAUCUUCCAUGAGGAGUUGGUGGUGAAAGCUUUCUAUGAAGCAGAGACAGCUCACAGGGGUCAGAUGAGGGCGAGCGGAGAUCCCUACUUGCAGCAUUGUGUCGAGACCGCAGUUCUACUAGCAAAGAUUGGUGCUAACCCGACGGUAGUCGCUGCGGGGCUCUUACAUGAUGCUCUAGAUGAUUCUUUUAUGGAUUAUGAUCAUAUCUUCCAUGUGGUUGGAUCUGGUGUAGCCGACCUUGUUGAAGGGGUCUCAAAACUAAGCCAAUUAAGCAAGCUUGCUCGCGACAAUAACACGGCAAACAAAAGUAUCGAAGCGGACCGCCUACACACAAUGUUUCUCGCUAUGGCUGAUGCCAGAGCUGUUCUUGUGAAGCUAGCGGACCGACUGCACAACAUGAUGACUCUGGAGGCAUUACCCGUAGCCAAACGACUGAGAUUUGCGAAGGAGACUAUGGAGAUUUUUGUUCCUUUGGCGAGUAGAUUGGGAAUCUAUAGUUGGAAGGAGCAGCUGGAGAAUAUCUGCUUCAGGAUUUUAAAUCCAGGGGAGCACAAAGUGCUGUCCUCCAAACUAGUAAAGACAUUUGAUGAAGCACUUAUUUCAGAAGCGAUAGCAAGACUAAAAAACAGUCUCGACGAUAGAAGCAUUUCUUAUCAUCUUCUAUCUGGGAGGCAUAAGAGCUUGUAUAGUAUUUACAACAAGAUGCUAAAGAAGAAGAUAACCAUGGAUGAGAUCCACGAUAUCCAUGGACUACGAUUGGUAGUUGAAAACGAAGAAGACUGCUACCGAUCACUGGAUGUGGUUCAUAAGUUAUGGCCCGUAGUACUUGGGAGGUUCAAGGACUACAUUGCUCACCCCAAAAUAAAUGGGUACCAAUCUCUGCACACUGUCGUUCUUAGUGAAGGCAUGGUCCCAUUUGAAGUUCAAAUUCGAACAAGGGAGAUGCAUUUGCAAGCCGAAUAUGGGCUUGCUGCUCAUUGGAGGUACAAGGAAGGUAGCUGCAAGCACUCAUUUGUGCUCCAAAUGGUGGAGUGGGCUAGAUGGGUCGUUACCUGGCAAUGCGAGACGAUGAGGACUGACCGGUCUUUUUCGUUCGGUGACAAUAACAAGAUUAGGCCGCCAUGUCCGUUUCCAUCUCAUUCUGAUGACUGCCCUUAUUCAUAUGCACUCCAGUGCAACCACGAAGGCCCCAUUUUCGUCAUAGUGCUGGAUAAUGAGAAGAUGUCGGUGCAGGAAUUUCCGGAGAACUCGACCAUGAGUGAUCUAUUAGAAAGGGUUGGUGGAGCGAGCUCUAGGUGGACCCAUUACAACUUUCCUCUCAAAGAAGAGCUGAGGCCGAGAUUGAACAAUGAACCGGUGAGCAACCCGAGCCAGAAGCUGAAUAUGGGGGAUGUGGUGGAGCUGACGCCGGCUCUGCCCCGCAAGGCCUUGACGGAGUAUAGGGAGGAAAUCCAGCGAAUGUACGAAGGACAACUCAAUUUGUCCGGUCGGCACUUCCUUAGUAACUGACCAGCCCCUAUGUCGCAGUAUGCCGAUUUGUUGUAGCUCUAACCAAUUGAUUCAUUGUACAUAGCAAGUAACUGUACAGUUAGUGUAGAGUAAUUGCAAAGGAAAUUCUUGAGUUCAAAGUUCUUGAGUGGCAGUAAUGUAGGUUGAGAGAGGUUAAUUCGUUUUCUCACAUCCAGAUUUAUUAUUGAUAUUUGUUCUCAAUGGUUGUAAUCUUCAGGGUUGUAUUGAAAAAGCUAUUCUAAGGGAUGUAAGUUAACUGCAUUGAUAACUCUGAUCUUUCAUCAAAGCUUUAUUUUGCACCCCCAAUCUUUUUAAA